AUGUCUGACUCAAAUACAAUAGGAGAUUCUAGCUCUCGAGACUUUUCAUCAUCUCCUUCACCAACAAGUUCAUCCACACAACUUCUAUCAAGUGCACAAAUUACAAGGAGACAAUCUCAAAAAUCUCAAGAUGAAUUAAAAAAGGCUAAAAGAAAAUCAAAUGCUUAUAUGGCUGCCGAAGCUGUUCAGCAUGAACGUGAAGCUGUCACUGCUUUGAAAAGAUUAUCCAUUGGAAGAAGUUCCAUCAAUAUAGAUCCAGAUUUACCAUUUGGGGUUGAUGGUGAUUUCAAUUAUAAUGAUUAUAACAACCGUAAAAGUCAUCAUAGAAGGAAAAGUUCACAAGAUUCUUCAUCUUCAUCUACAACAGCUUCAUCGCUUGAUGAUAGAGAGAAAACAUUAAUAGAUGAUCAAGAUGAUUCAACUAGUGUGCCACAAGGUGAUGAAGAAGAUGAACAUUUAAAAUUGAAUGCUGAAAAAUUGUUAUGGGUUCCCGCAAAAUCACAUCCAAGUAUUGCUCCAGAUCAGUUCCGUCGCCAUGUUCAGUCCACAAUAGAUGAUAUGAAUAAUCAACUUGGUGAUAGAUCGCCAGUUCAUUCUUUAUCAACAAGAGACUCGAUACCGUCUUUAAAAGAGUUGACUGAUGAAUUAGAUAGAUUAUCAGAAAUGGCUGGAUUAGCUGCUACAGACGCUGUUACACUAGCAAGAAGUUUAUCAUCAGCAUCAGGUGCUUCAGGAUUAUUGAUGAAUAGCGAUGCUGAUAGAUUCUUUCAAGAAUCAACAACAUCCCCAACAUCUCCACCUUUACAAGAUGAAGGUACUGAUCGUCGUCCUUCUCAAGAAGAUAUUGAUCAAGAUGCUCCUAUUUUAUCAGAUGGUUCAUCAAGUUUGAAAAGAAAUAAAUGGACUACUUAUAGUCGAAGUAAUAGAUUGGGUAAAGAUAAAUUGAAAAAAUCACCAAAAUCACCACUAUCUGAUGAACAUCAAUUCCCCAGCCAACAACAACAACCUACAUCACCAAAUCUUGAUAAAGAAUUACCACCAAGUCCUAAAGAUGCUGUCCCUGAAAGAGCAAUACCUCUUCAAAAUCCAAUAGAGCAACAAAAAUUGGCUGAACGAAGAGGAAGAUCAAAUUUAUCAAGAUCACAAUCAGAUAGUUUACCUAAAAGAACCAAUCAUUCUAGAAAUAGACAUGCUGGAUCUUUAAUAACAAUGGAAAAUGAUGAACAAAAACCACAUCCUCAACACAAACUACCUGAGAAGGAUAAUCAUCAUUAUCAACGACGUGUUGUUUCAAAUGAUUCAUACCCUAAAACACACUCCAAUUUACAUCAAGUUCAACAACGCCCACAACUUUCACCAAAACCUUUGCAACCAACACCAUCAAAAGAACAUCACAAACCAGAACAAGUUGUGGCUCAACAACCUGAAAAAACUAAAAAGGACAAUUCAUUUCUCAAGAUGUUUAAAAAGAAAAGAUCACCAUCUCCAAAAAAUCAAAAGACAUUAGAUUCAAGAGAUAUAUCAUCAAGUAAACAGUUUACUAAUGAUGAAAAUCAUCCACCAUCUCCUCAAGAGUCACAAUUUCCUCAAAAUCAUUAUCAUCAACAACAAUCCACGCCAUCAGCAUCCAUACAAAAUAUCAAUCAUCAACCUUCACAACCACACCAAAAGAGACCAUCACUAAGACCUUCAAGAACCUCAACUUUCAAGUUUACAAAACAAUCCAAGAGUGAAACUAAAGAAAAAUUACAAAAAUCACCUUCAAAAGAUUCGAAACUACAAGAAUCUGUCAAAAUUAUACCUCAAAAGAAGGAUGACUCUGCAAUAUCACCAACAUCAGCUUCACAACAAUCAUCAUUCCAUCAACAAACAGGUCAAGCAACAAAUGAAGAACAACAUCGUAUUCAAAAAGAAACAUUAAGUAAAAAAUUGAGUAUUGAAAAUAUGAAAAAAUCAACAAAACCAAAUGCACCUGUUCAAUUUACAGAUUCUGCAUUUGGUUUCCCCUUACCACCAUUAUCAAAUUCAACUAUAAUUAUGUUGGAUUAUAGAUUUCCUAUUCAUGUUGAAAGAGCAUUAUACAGAUUAAGUCAUUUGAAAUUGGCCAAUCCAAGAAGACCAUUAAGACAACAAGUGUUGUUGUCAAAUUUCAUGUAUGCUUAUUUGAAUUUAGUUAAUCACACUUUAUAUUUACAACAAUUGGAUGAAAAUGGUGGUAAUGAAGAAGAUCAAGAACAAGUUGCAAAUGCUGAUGGAAUUGAUGAUCAAGAACAGAUAAAUAUUGAAGUUUAG